UCCUGGGUGUUAGUGGACUGGUGUGGGUCACAUCCUGGGUGUUAUUGGACUGGUGUGGGUCACAUCCUGGGUGUUAGUGGACUGGUGUGGGUCACAUCCUGGGUGUUAGUGGACUGGUGUGGGUCACAUCCUGGGGACAAAAUUGACCUAAUUUGUGGGAAAUGCUCUGUAUAACAAUCAGCUUUCUAUAUAGUAGUAUGUCAUUGAUGUCAGCUAUGGUCUGUAUACCUUGUACAUGUAGAAAUAAAGAUAUUAUUAUUAAUGACUGGGAACAUUUAAAGUCCUUUGACUUGUACUCCCUGGAAGUACCCAGUGGAAAUAAGUACAGAACCCCUAGGGUAAUAAGUCACUGACUUUUUUGGCUUAUUCUAGGUUCUCUACACAUAUGCUCCUAUGUAUGAUAAUCUAUGUAACUGUAUUUGUGUAUACCUGAAUAAACUUAUUUACCCUAGAACUUAGGUGAGAGAGAUAUAUUAUCCUCUACGCCUGAAAAAUCCUAGAGUGACAGGUUCCAAAUCACUCCCUACAACAGCAACAUUUCCCCAAUGAAAAGCAGGGGUGCCACGAGUACACUGAGAGAAAUCACUAUACUGCAAAUGUCCGGGGCCCAAGACUGUUCAGCAGCCUCCCAUUGUACAUAAGGGGGAUUACAAAUAGUCCCCUGGUUGUCUUCAAGAGGGAAUUGAAUGCCCUAUCAUCCAGGCUUUGGUUUGUACGUUGGACUGCGUGCAGCCAGCAGUAACAGCCUGGUUGAUCAGGCCCUGAUCCAGUAGGAGGCUGGUUGAGGACUGGGCUGUGGGGGCAUUAUUAUUAUUAUGGAGGAACACUAAACCCAUUGGACUUACACAGCGCCUGUGGGGGGGGGGGUGGAAGGCAUUCAGGCUGAUGUCAGGGUACUGGAGCACAGAUCCAAUUCCCUAGAUCAAGAGCCCCUCACCAACAUCAUGGAUCCUUCCUUGAGGGGCACAGAAGGUAUAUUGAACAAUGGCUGGGAUAAUGGAGCGAGUGUUUCCAUUGCAGUCCAGCCUGGAUGCAAUAGAUGACCGACGCAACAGUAGCUUCUCUAAGGUGCCAACAGCUUGCAUCAUGGGACCUCCUUCCACCAUGAAGACUGCAAUGCUUAUGCAAGCGGCCAUAACAGAAGGUGCUGGAGGUGGUCGGGUACUUUUUGUAGCACCCAAGAAACUCGACAGUCUUCCCCCAGGUGUCCAUGGGAUGCCCCAGGCGUCGUCAUCAGCUAUGAAUAACAUCACAUUUCUGUAUGCACGUCACACAUCAGAGCUACAAGGAUAUUUAGCGUCUCUCCACUUGAUUCCUGCUGCAGACAGACCCACGCUCAUUAUCAUUGAUGAACUUCAUUUCUAUACUUCGCCCCAAGAUUGUGGAGAUGCAGCCACACAGAUGGUCAAUAUUGCAAGAAUCAUCUCAUUGGCUCAGGAGUCUGCCGAAUACUGCAGCAGCGGCUCCUUCAACAGUGGCUUACGUUUGUAUAGUACAAUUAUUAGUUUGAAAGCUAAAUUGUUUAAUGUUUUUUUGAACACACCAGCUGCAUCCUACCAAAAAAAUAAAGUUAUUCUCUUUAGGUCAGAAGAGGUUAUUAGCCCCCUUGCUCCUGGCAUUUUAGUCGCCUCUUAUGACAUGCACAGCUUACAGAGGAAGAAUUUAUUAAUUUUUUUUUUUUUAACAAGUCGGCCAUCUCCCACCAAGGCAGGGUGACCCAAAAAAGAAAGAAAAUCCCCAAAAAGAAAAUACUUUCAUCAUCAUUCAACACUUUCACCACACUCACACAUUAUCACUGUUUUUGCAGAGGUGCUCAGAAUACAACAGUUUAGAAGCAUACACAUAUAAAGAUACACAACAUAUCCCUCCAAACUGCCAAUAUGUGCAGUAUUCACUGUUGAAACAAAGUCUGUAUAGCUACCAGUAAUAUUUUACUCAGAAAUUAGAAUAGUGUUUUACCCAUAAGGAUCAUAUAGUGCCUGUGGGGGAGGGGGGGGGAGGUGAAAGGCAUUUAGGUUUAAUUCAGAGAAUUGGAGUACAGAUUCAAUUCUCUAGAUUGAGUCCCUCACAGAACCUUCCUUGAGUGGUGUAUGCUUUAAACGUUUAUUUUUAUAUUGACCUUUGAAAUGUGCUAAACCAGCAAGGCUCAUACAAUGUUUCUUAUACUUUCAACACUAGUUUUGUAACUAAUAAUUUAAGGCUGUUGUACUGUAAUUUCUCAGGAUACUAUUUUUUUUUUUUUUCAUGAGUGGGAAGUGUUGAAACUGUGGGUCAUACUGUAGAGUCUGGGAAAUGGGAGGCAACCAUGUUGCUUUCCAGUCCCCAGGCAACCAUGUUGCUUUCCAGUCCCAAGGCAACCAUGUUGCUUUCCAGUCUGCAGGCAACCAUGUUACUUUCUAGUCCCCAGGCAACCAUGUUGCUUUCCAGUCUCCAGGCAACCAUGUUGCUUUCCAGUCCCAAGGCAACCAUGUUGCUUUCCAGUCCCAAGGCAACCAUGUUGCUUUCCAGUCCCAAGGCAACCAUGUUGCUUUCCAGUCCCAAGGC